UUCACAUAUACCUUUCUUCUUACUCUCAUUUGCUUCUCUCUCUCUCUCAAAGUCAAGUAGUAUUUAAUCUUAUCUCUAUUUCCCUCUGAGUAAUUCCACUCUCUCACCAACUUUUCUCUCUCCUCUGUCAUUCUCUUCAAAAGGUCCAAACUUUAAAUGAGCCCUGAGCUGGGUAUGCUUCUUUGCCUAGUUUAUAAUAACAAAAUCAAAAUGGGUCUCUAAAUCAAAAGGUAACCUUACCACAUUAAGAAACUCAACCACUCUUCUCCUCUGUUUUUGGAAAGAUCCUUAAAAGAUGGCUCCAAGGUUGGAUUUUUCAGACUGGUGGGCGAAAGAAACAAGGAAAGGAACACCAGUUGUUGUCAAAAUGGAGAAUCCAAACUACUCUGUAGUUGAAAUAAAAGGACCAGACUCAGCCUUCAGACCAGUAGACAAGAACAGAGGCAAAAACGCAAAGCAAGUGACUUGGGUUCUGCUUCUCAAAGCUCAUAGAGCCGUUGGAUGUCUCACUUGGCUCGCAACUAUCUUCUGCUCUCUCCUUGGCUCCAUCAAGAAACGUCUUAGCUUCACUCACCCACUCGCCUCUGAGAGAUUGGGAAGAGACAGGUGGCUUUUCUCAGCCAUUAAGCUCUUCUUAGCUGUGUCCUUACUGAUUCUAGGGUUUGAGAUUGUUGCUUACUUCAGAGGAUGGCAUUACUUUGAAAACCCCACUAGCACACUUGAGAUACAGAGCUUGUUGCAUCUUGUCUAUGUUGGUUGGUUAGGGUUUAGAGCUGAUUAUAUUGCUCCACCAAUCAAAGCUCUCUCCAAGCUUUGUAUUGUUCUGUUCCUUAUACAGUCACUAGACCGUUUGAUUCUUUGCUUGGGAUGUUUUUGGAUCAAGCUUAAGAAGAUUAAGCCUAGGUUUGAUGAGGAACCUGAUGAUGCUGAGGGAUGUGGUUAUGUGUAUCCAAUGGUUCUUGUUCAGAUCCCCAUGUGCAAUGAAAGAGAGGUGUAUGAACAAUCUAUAUCUGCUGUGUGUCAACUUGACUGGCCAAAAGAUAGAAUCCUAGUUCAAGUUCUUGAUGAUUCCAACGACGAAAGCAUCCAAAAGUUGAUUAAAGCUGAGGUUGCUAAAUGGAGCCAAAAGGGAGUCAACAUAAUCUACAGGCAUCGUUUGGUUAGAACUGGAUAUAAAGCUGGUAACCUCAAGUCAGCUAUGAGCUGUGAUUACGUGGAAGCAUACGAGUUUGUAGCUAUAUUUGAUGCAGACUUCCAACCUAAUCCAGACUUCCUUAAACUAACAGUUCCACAUUUCAAGGAUAAGCCAGAGUUAGGUUUGGUUCAAGCUAGGUGGACAUUUGUGAACAAAGAUGAGAAUUUAUUGACUCGUCUUCAGAACAUUAAUCUUUGUUUCCACUUUGAGGUUGAGCAGCAAGUGAGUGGUGUGUUCUUGAACUUCUUUGGUUUCAAUGGAACAGCUGGAGUUUGGAGAAUCAAAGCCCUUGAGGAAUCUGGUGGCUGGCUUGAAAGAACAACUGUUGAGGAUAUGGAUAUAGCAGUCCGUGCUCAUCUCCAUGGAUGGAAGUUCAUUUAUCUUAACCAUGUCAAGGUUCUCUGUGAAGUUCCUGAGUCAUAUGAAGCAUAUAAGAAGCAACAACACCGUUGGCAUUCAGGACCUAUGCAGCUUUUUCGCUUGUGUCUUGGUGCAAUCUUGACCUCUAAGAUAGCUAUAUGGAAGAAAGCGAAUCUGAUACUUUUAUUUUUCCUUCUUAGGAAACUUAUACUUCCUUUCUACUCUUUCACAUUGUUCUGCAUAAUCCUUCCACUAACAAUGUUUGUACCAGAAGCUGAGCUUCCUGUUUGGGUCAUCUGCUACAUACCUGUCUUCAUGUCUUUCCUCAACCUUCUUCCAUCUCCAAAAUCUUUCCCUUUUAUUGUUCCUUACCUCUUGUUUGAGAACACAAUGUCUGUCACCAAAUUCAACGCAAUGGUGUCAGGGUUGUUCCAGUUAGGUAGCUCUUAUGAGUGGGUUGUCACAAAGAAAGCUGGAAGAUCAUCAGAGUCUGAUCUUUUAUCUAUCACCGAGAAAGAGACGCUAGACAAGAAGAGCCAGUUGCUUAGAGGGGUUUCAGAUAGUGAGGUUCUGGAGAUGAACCAACUUGAAGAACAGAAACAAAAGAAACCUGUCAAGAAAACCAACAAGAUUUUCCACAAAGAGCUUGCAUUAGCGUUUCUGUUGCUCACUGCAGCGGUUAGGAGUCUCUUAGCAGCUCAAGGAGUUCAUUUCUACUUCUUGUUGUUCCAAGGUGUUACCUUUCUUCUAGUGGGUCUUGACCUUAUAGGCGAACAGAUGAGUUGA